GUGAGGCGCCACCGAAGGGGCGGGGCUAGGCUCCGGGGCGCCGCUCCCUCCCUCCGGCCAUGGCCACUGUGGAUACCGAGUUUUGUAGGUGACGUGAUCUCCUGUGGUUCUUUCAGUCCUGCCCUGCUCUGCCUCCUCUUCUCAGAUACUCCUGAUGGCUGAUAUCCUCUCAGGAUCCCCAGCUCACAAGUGAGGAGAGUGCUCUGCUCUGCUUGCCUAGGCCCAUUAUUUUUAACACUUAAGCUGCUUCAGAGAGCAGUGCAGAGUAAGGCCGAGACUAGGAAAGACGUCUGCAUGAAGACUGAGCUGCUGAAAGAUAUUACCAACAGUAAAGAGGAAGGAUUUAAUGCCAUGGCUGCAGAUGAAAGUGCUACAGAAAAGCAAGUAGGGGAACCAAAAAUGACGGCGGAUGGUGAAACCAAUGGCUCCUGUGAGCGCAACGAAGCUGGUAGCCACCCAAACCCAACUAAAAACACUCAGGACAAUACAAAAGUGAGCCAGCAGGACUCCAGUACUAAAUUAAAUAGGAUAGCGGAGAAUGGCAUUUCGGAGCGAGACAGUGAGACCGGGAAGCAGAACCACAUGAAAGCUAAUGACUUCACGCAGACUUCUGUAACAGGGAGCAAUGGAUAUAUUUUAACUAAGCAGAUGGCGCAGGAGCAGCCCCUAAGGACUACAGGCACCUUUGCUUCUCUCACUGGCCAUGCUGCGAAAACCCUCCCAGGAGGAGCAAGCAAAGGGAGAACUCUGAGCGCCUUUUCUCAGAUGCAAGCCACCCCGCCAGCCAAGCUCGGGGAGGGGAGUAAGGACAUGGAUGCUAAAAAAGCCACCGCCACGAACGCUGAAGUCAAGGUCCACAGAGCACGGAAGACAAUGCCUAAACCCACACUUAGCCUGCAUGCAAGUAAAGACCCCAAAGAAGCGAGAGACACCAGAGAUCAAAAAGAAUCCAAGGAGGAAGGCAACAAAAACGUCUUGGAGUUUGGCAAGCCCCCACCGUUGCCCCCUUUCCCAGGCCUUCAUCAGUCACUACCUCAGAACCAGAGCUAUGUGGCCACCACAAAAUCUCAGACAGCUGCUGCAGUAUCUCGGAAGAAAAAGCGGAGAAUGGGAACCUAUAGCCUGGUUCCCAAGAAAAAGACCAAAGUGUUAAAACAGAGAACGAUGAUUGAGAUGUUUAAGAGCAUAACUCAUUCCACUGCGGGUGCCAAGGGUGAAAAGGACCUAAUUGACAUCAGCCCUCACAUGAAUGGGGAGAGCAUAGAGGUGGACUCCGAAGAGGAAGACUCUGACGACCUGGAAGAGGAAGACGAACAUGGAGCUGAACAGUCCGCUGCAUUUCCCGCAGAGGACAACAGGACCUCGAAGGAGGUCUCAUCUGAUGCUGACAAUGCCAGAAAGAUGGAAGAUGGUGAAUCUGAGGAGGAACAAGAGUCUGGAGAAUCUGGUGAGGAGGAGGAAGAUGGAGAUGAAUCUGACUUGAGCUCCGAGUCCAGCAUCAAGAAGAAACUGCUGAAGAGGAAAGGAAAGACGGACAGCCCGUGGCUGAAACCCACCCGGAAGAGGAGGAGGAGGAAUAAAAAGAAACAAGCCAGUGUGUUAGGUACUGAAGCGUAUAAACCACCUUUGGGAGGCAGAGAGGGAGCUGGGCAGGAGAAUAGUAUGGAAUACAUGGAAGUGUCUCUUGAUUCUUUGGAUCUCCGAGUAAAGGGAAUUCUAUCUUCACAAUCAGAAGGUCUCUCUAAUGGCCCUGAAGCAAUGGAAAUGGAUGGUCUUCAGGAAGUGCCUCUCUGUAGCUGUCGAAUGGAAACCCCCAGAAGCCGAGAGAUUACCACGUUAGCCAACAACCAGUGCAUGGCAACGGAGAGCGUGGACAAUGAGCUGGGCCGAUGCACAAACAGCGUGGUGAAAUAUGAGCUGAUGCGCCCGUCGAACAAGGUCCAGCUCUUGGUGCUGUGCGAGGACCACAGAGGGAGAAUGGUGAAACACCAGUGCUGCCCUGGCUGCGGGUACUUCUGCACUGCAGGCACUUUCAUGGAGUGUCAGCCUGAAAGCAGCAUUUCCCACCGUUUCCACAAGAACUGUGCCUCCCAGGUUAAUGACACGAGCUACUGCCCGCACUGCGGGGAAGAGGCCUCGAAGGCGAAGGAGGUGACGAUAGCAAAAGCAGACACGACCUCCACAGUGUUGCUGACCUACGAGCAGGAGAAGCCAGUGGCUCUGGAGGGAAGGGCAGACACCACCACAGGGAGUGGCAUUGGAACACAGUUGUCUGAGGAAGACAAGCCAGAGAGUUUGGCUACCGAGGGGUUUGAUUUGGCUGGGUCUUCUGUUUUUGUGAAGCCUGCCACUGGCCUGCCUCAGGGACCAGUUAAAGAAACCUUGGAAAGCGCUUUGAUUGCCCUGGAUUCAGAAAAACCCAAGAAGUUACGGUUCCACCCGAAGCAGCUGUACUUCUCUGCCAGGCAAGGGGAACUUCAGAAGGUCCUGCUUAUGUUGGUGGACGGGAUUGAUCCCAACUUCAAAAUGGAGCACCAGAAUAAGAGAACCCCUCUUCACGCUGCUGCAGAAUCCGGGCACGUGGACAUCUGCCACAUGCUGAUUCAGGCUGGUGCUAACAUAGACACCUGCUCGGAGGACCAGAGGACCCCGCUGAUGGAGGCAGCAGAGAAUAACCAUCUGGAUGCUGUGAAGUACCUUAUCAAGGCUGGAGCAUUGGUAGAUCCCAAGAGAGACAGAAAUGCUAGCUGCUGCUUCUCUGCCCUCCCCUCGCUGAGAGAGAGGGAUUGUCAAGCAAGAAAGGGGCAACUAAUGACCAAGGGCAUUCCUGGGUCCCCCUGCGAACUGCUGCUGUUCCUGUCAGAGGGACAUCCUGGUCCCAUUGAAGAUGCUGAGGGCUCCACGUGUCUGCACUUGGCUGCCAAGAAAGGGCAUUACGACGUAGUUCAGUACCUUCUCUCCAACGGGCAGAUGGACGUCAACUGCCAGGACGACGGAGGCUGGACGCCCAUGAUCUGGGCCACCGAAUACAAGCACGUUGAACUGGUGAAGCUAUUGCUGUCCAAGGGGUCGGACAUUAAUAUUCGAGACAACGAGGAGAAUAUUUGUUUGCACUGGGCAGCUUUUUCUGGCUGUGUUGACAUAGCGGAGAUAUUGCUGGCUGCUAAGUGCGAUUUACAUGCAGUAAAUAUUCAUGGAGACUCGCCACUGCACAUCGCAGCCAGAGAGAACCGCUAUGAGUGUGUUGUCCUCUUUCUGUCCCGUGGCUCGGAUGUCAGCUUGAAGAACAAGGAAGGUGAGACUCCACUCCAGUGCUCAAGUCUCAACUCUCAGGUCUGGGUGGCUCUGCAGAUGAACAAGACAAUCCGAGAAUCGUCUUCUGACAAACCUGCCCAGAUAGAGAAGACGGUGAGCAGAGACAUUGCCCGGGGUUACGAGCAGAUCCCAAUUCCAUGCAUCAAUUCAGUGGACAGCGAGCCUUGCCCCACCAACUACAAAUACGUUUCUCAGAACUGUGUGACCUCCCCAAUGAACAUCGAUAGAAACAUCACUCAUUUGCAGUACUGUGUGUGCAUAGAUGACUGCUCCUCCAGCAACUGCAUGUGUGGCCAACUCAGUAUGCGCUGCUGGUAUGACAAGGAUGGCCGACUCCUGCCUGAAUUCAACAUGUCUGAGCCACCGCUGAUCUUUGAGUGUAACCACGCUUGCUCGUGUUGGCGAAACUGCCGGAAUCGGGUAGUGCAGAAUGGGCUCAGGGUUCGAUUGCAGCUUUAUCGAACGCAAAAGAUGGGCUGGGGCGUGCGGUCGAUGCAAGACAUCCCCUUGGGAACGUUCGUGUGCGAGUACGUUGGAGAGCUGAUUUCCGAUUCAGAGGCCGACGUACGUGAAGAGGACUCCUAUCUCUUUGACCUUGACAACAAGGAUGGAGAGGUGUACUGCAUAGAUGCUCGUUUCUAUGGCAACAUCAGCCGCUUUAUAAACCAUCUCUGUGAGCCAAACCUCACCCCUGUGCGAGUGUUCAUGUCGCACCAGGACCUGCGCUUUCCCAGGAUUGCCUUCUUCAGCACCAGGCAGAUCGAAGCCGGCGAGGAAAUCGGCUUUGACUACGGGGACCGAUUCUGGGACAUCAAAGGCAAAUACUUCAGCUGUCAGUGCGGUUCACCCAAGUGCAAACACUCGAGCACAGCCCUGGCCCAGCGGCAAGCGAGCACGUCCUCCCAGGACGCCCAGGAGAAUGGACUCCCCGACACCAGCUCUGCCAUGGCAGCCGGCCCCUUCUGAGGACUCGCUCCCGGGAGCCUGAACUCUUUUAACGCGAUAGAUUCACAUACUGUUUGAAAUUUCCAUGGAAAGAGAAAACACACUCAAGGAAAGCCAAGGGGUUCGUGACAUCUAGGGAUGUGCCACCGACUGUUACUUGAGGAAUAAGUGAAAGCAAAUCCGGACUCCAUGUUGUAGUGUUCCUCCCUCUCCACCCCUGGAAAGCUGCUGGUUUUACAGUGAGUGCAAAGGGAUGGCUGUCGCAGUUUUUCCAUGCAAGAUGUCCUAGCAUCCAUCUCUUCGUGUGCUAAGUGUUGUCAGAGCCAAGGGAAGAGUUUACCCCUCCUCUUCAGAACGCUGUUAUUAAUUGCCAAGUCAUCUCCAGUUCUCUUACAAUAAACUUUGAAUACUUGAUGGAACUUACUUUUUAAAGGGGGGGGGGGGGGCGGUUCUGACAUUGGUUUACUUGACGCAGCUUUGUGGGGCAGGUCUUUUAAACCACGAAUUUCUCCCUCACCUGGCAGGACAUUACAGCGUGGUCUUUCCUGGCCCCGUGGCUGGGAGCGAGAGGUUAUUUGCUUCUAACAGACGCCCGUCGGUUACCAAAUCCGCCGAUCUAUUAUUUUUUUUCUAAAGAAAAAUGGAAAAGAAUCCCUUUUUCCUUCAUACCCCCCAUCCCUGUCUCUGUUCCAAGCCUGCCAGAGAUUCUCUCCCCACCACCCCUGCUCCAUACCAAGCUUUCUCCGUUAAAAACCAGCUCUCACCUCUGCCCCUUGGGCAUGUUACUGUCUCAGUGUUGGUUUCAUCAGUGGAAGGAUUUGCCUCUCCUGCUGCGUUCGCAAUCUUAGAGGGGGACGGGGAUUGUACAAGACACUAACUUCUGAAAGAAUCAGUUGCUUUUUUAAAACAAAACCAAGUUAUCCGUAUACUAUAAAGAACCUUUGACUGGCUUCAGGCUGGGCAAGCAUCAUAUAGGACACAUCCCAGCGAGAGGAGAUACCGUUGCCACCAGCUCAUCCCCUCCCUUUUCUCAACUCUGGGCACCUCCGAUUUAAUUUUUAAGCCACACACUAUGAAGUUGAAAUGAACUGAUUUAUUUUUUACCAUUAUUAAAACAUUCGGGACAAAGCAUUAAAAAAAAAACAACAAAAAAACCACACACACACACAACAACAACAACAAAAAGAAACCACAAAACAAAAACGG